CAUGGGGUUUCCCCUUAAACCGGUGGCACUGCAGACCGUACCAUUGCUUUAACUCGAAACCGAUUAUACUACAGUGUAACCAACAUUUUAGGGCUUAUUAUAUUAUAUGUACAGCAAAGAAUUCCAUGGCACUUAUGUAGUUUAAUUGUGUUUUAAUAUCAAUAUCGGCGGGGUUUCAUAGAGAGCAAGCACACCCCCGCACCUCUAGGUAAUUGGUUCACCCAAAAUGGCCGCUGGUUUCUGUCAGUCUCAAGUGAAACUUUUCGGAAAACGAGGAACAGCUUGACGGAACCGAAGCGCAACUGAGGUUGCAAGCUGUGUUUUCCUGGGUUGGUUAUGACUUAGUCGUCGACGGGUAGCAGCGUGGAGAGCCGGUGUUGAUCCGCUCGGUGAGCCCUGUAAAGUUAGCCGGCGCCUGCUUUGUGUAUCCCGUCGGAGCGCUAGCUGUUCGGCUAACGCCGCAUUUCGGACAGACACUUUCUCUUUGUUUGGACCGUUUUCGGCUCGGUUCUAUCUCUUAGCAGGACCGCUCGGUCAUUCCCGUGAAUGUCAGUCAAUGUGGACCCACAUUCAGCGUGUCUGAUUUGAUAGCCCAACGCAGUUCAGAAAGUCCGCCCUGUGAAAGCGGGGCCGCCGCAGCCUGCUGUGUCUUUCCCAGCGCCGGUUGAUGGAAAAGCUUCAGCACCUUAGCCAGGCAGAGCUGCAGGAUUUACUGGAUGAUGCAGACCGGGUCCAGUCACUGGCUUUGGAGUCCGAUGAGGUGCAAAAUGCCCAGCUGGAGAGGGAGAUGGCACUGGCCUCAAACCGCAGCCUGGCCGAGCAGAACUUGGAGCUGAAGCCCCAGCUGCAGCAGGGCAGGCUGCGGCUGGUGGAGCGCUACGCAGAGCUGGAGCGCGUGAGGGCCACAUACCAGCAGCACUGCGCUCACAGAGAUCAAAUAGCAGGACAGGUGUCUCCCGAGGGACUCUUCCUCCAGCUGCAGACAGAGGGCGCCAGCACUGAGACUGAAUCAGAGGCUCUGGCUGAUGACUUCCUCAGUGGCUCUCUCUCCCUGGAGUCCUUCCUGGAUCGCUUCCUCUCGCUCCGUUCACUGGCCCACAGGCGUCGGGUGCGAAUCGAGAAGCUGCAGGAGCUCCUACGCCCGAAGCGGGAGGGAAGCAGUGAGCUGACAGGCCCUGGUCCCGGGCUGAUGACAUCACAGCCGUGCGCCAAGCCGGAGGGGGCACCUGGGGUCCCGUCACCAUGGCAGCCCCCGCCUCAGCAGCACAGUGAUGUUGCUGCCUCAAAUGGGAGUGGCAGCAGCUUUCCCAGCGGGCCCCCGGCGCAGGCGGGCCCUGCCCUGCUUUACACUCCUUACCCCGGCGCUCCUCCAAACUCACAGGUUGCAGUUGCACCUACAGGCCCAACGAAUCCAGUAGCACAAUUCCCCUCCUACCCCGGCCAGGGCCCAGCUCUUCCCCCUUUCGGGCUCUCGUCCUGCCCUUACCCAACGCAUCCUGCAUUCCCUGCCUCGCCAGCUCCCCAGUUUGGCCAGUACGGUGCUCCCCAGCCCCAGUACCCUGCUCCCUACCAGUUUCCUAGGUAUGAUUACCCGGCCGGGCCGAGUUUAGCUCCCCCCCAGCCCCCCAUGGGCAGGUCCGGCUUUGUCCCCCAGCCCUACUCAUAAGUCCGCUGCUCUGCACAAGGUCCUGCUCCCGUAUGCGUCUCUCUGGGUUUUUUUUUCCGCGGCUCGGCUCGCAGUCCGGAUCCGGGUUUUUGGCAGUAGGGGAGGUUCUGUUAGUCGUCGUGGUUGUUGAGCGUGACCCAGGGGACGCUGCCGAGUGCCGCUGCCUUUGAGGUCCGCUGUAGGUUUGUUAGCGUAUCUUCUGCACCCCCUCCCCCCGCUAACAGCCCGGCGUUAUGUGCCCCAACACCCGUUUUCAAACACUGCAGCUCGACAGUGAUAGAAGUGGCCGGUGCACAGUGAGGAUGUGCCACGGUGUGCCGGAGCGUGUCGGGGCGUAUCAGGCUGUAUUGGGGCGUGUCGGAGCAUGUCAGCUCUCUCUGCACUUUACCAAUGAACGUUUCCCAAGAUAAUCCUUCCUAAGCUCACUGUACGCCUGUUGCCCUCGCUGUCUGCCCCCCGUCACGCCUGUUGCCCUCGCUGUCCGCCCCAGCCCUAUUCCCUGCCGUCCGCCCCACCAUCCAGCUGCCCACCCUGGCCCCUUUUCCCAUCCCCUGUCCCGUCUGUUACCCUGCCUUUCUCUCCUCUGUUUCUCCUCCUGAUCUCGCUGGGUUUCUUGGGAUUUUUUUCUUCAUCUCCUCACAUUACAACCUCAUUAAAGCACCAUUGAACUUUGUAUAAAAUAUGAGACUAUCAGUAAUUUGUAUGAAAAUGAUCUAAAUGAAGGGAAAUGUUAAAGAUGUUGUUUAAUCUUGAAUCCAUGUGGAAGGAAUUUGAUUUGAUUUUUGAUGUGUCAGGGUGCUAAGAUGGUGUUUGACGUUUAGAUGGCAUUACCACUUCCUAAUGAGAAAUAAGUUGAAUCUUGAUCUGCUAGUGACUGUAACCUGUUCAGUUUGUGUGGAUAUUAAACACUGAAGCAGUCACCUGUCA